AUGGCAUCAUCAUCUCUUCAGACCUGUGCCCUGCUGCUGGCUUUAGCAGGCUUCACCAUUUCACUUGUCACUACCAUGUCUAACAGAUGGAAAAGUUUGGACACGGCAACAGUGCUGGUUACUACAGACUGGAUUUCUGAAGGUCUUUGGAUGGACUGCGCAGUGACUGACUUUGGAUCAAUCCAGUGCAAGAGAUUUCCCUACAUGUUGAGUUCAGACCCUCAUGUCCAGGCAUGCCGUGCCCUGAUGAUUUGUUCCAUCCUUUUGGGAUUCCUGGCUACAGUACUCACGCUGCUUGGUUUGAAGUGCACCAACAUUGGGCUGACUGAUGAAGAGGCAAAAAUGAAGUUUACUGUCACAGGAGGAUUCCUGUAUAUUUUAGGAGGUCUCUGCUCCAUGGUGGCUGUGUCCUGGUAUGCUGCUAUGAUAACUGCUCAGUUUUUUGAUCGACUUUAUGCUGGAACCAAGUAUGAACUAGGAGGAGCUCUGUACUUAGGCUGGGCUGGAUCUGUUCUUUAUCUGCUUGGUGGGAUCUUACUGACCUGUUCAUGCAAAGGGAAGAAAAGACAGGAUUACAGUUUCAACAAAUACGCAUAUUCAGCAGCCCAGGCAGCUCAUCGGCCGCACAAUUACACCAAAAACUCUGAGACAAUGAUAAGCAACAAGGAGUAUGUUUAA